AUGGCCUACGAGGCCUACAGAAAGUGUCUGGACACCGCUACCCUAAACGAAGUGAAAAGCAAGCAUAUCAUUGAGAUUAUCAGAAAGGUCGGUGGAUGGCCUAUGCUGCACGGAAACUGGAGUAAAGAUUCCUUUGAUUUAACGGAACUGCUGGGCAAAAUCCGCAGGGAUUACUCUCUCGACAUAUUCUUCACCCUGUACGUGUACGCGGACGCCAAAAACACCACUGCCAACAUUCUCUCAAUUCAUCAAGGAUCUCUCGGACUGGGCGCUUCAAUGAGAGAUUACUACCUAAAUGACACCUUGUACGGAAAGGUAAUCGAGGCCUAUGAAAAGUAUAUGAUCACUAUCGGCAAGCUGAUUGCGGAAGACGAAGGAAUUCCGGUGAAUAACAGUUUCUAUGACGAGGUUCAGAAGUUGAUACAGUUCGAGCGCAACUACGCGUUGAUCAUCAGUCCUGACGAGCAAAGGCGGAAUCAUACGCUGAUGUACAACCGCAGAUCCGUUCAACAGCUGAAAAAAAAUAUGCCUCUGAUCAAAUGGGAUCAGUUCUUCAACUACAUUUUGCCAGAGGUGGUGAGGGAAAAGUUUUACGACGAAGAAACCGACGUGAUCGUUUCUGAUCCUGAAUAUCUUGCCAAAAUUAGUAUGUUUCUUGAGAUCACGGACAAAAACCGUUUUAGCGCUGUCAACCGUACUAGGCUACUUACGAAUUACGUCAUCUGGCGGUUGAUCAAAUCGUUUACUUCCCUGUUGGACGAAAGGUUCGACGACGCGUUUCAGGACUUGAUGUACAUCAUGGCCGGAAGGCAGGCGCGUCCGUCUCGCUGGAAGGUGUGCGUUCCAACAAUCGUCAGCUGGUUCGAGAUGGCCACCGGGGCGCUCUACGUCGACGCCUACUUUCGGCAGAAGGACAAGGACGAAGCGCUGGCGAUGAUCGCCAAUCUGCGAGAGGCGUUCGUCCGCAUCGUAAAUGCCAUCGACUGGAUGGACAACCAAACGAAACACGUCGCUAUUGUCAAGGCCGAAGCCAUGCUCAACCAUAUUGGAUAUCCGGAAUUUUUGAACAAUAUGACGGCACUCGACGAGUACUAUGAAAAUAUUGACAUCACCUCUGAUGACGGAUACUUUGAAAUGGGUUUGAAGGUGUUAAUGUGGAUCCAAGAGCAGGAAUUUUUGGACUUACUGAAGCCGUUCAAUCGGAACCGGUUCGACACUAGCCCUGCGGUGGUGAAUGCCUUUUAUUCACCGGAAAAGAACGCCAUUGGUAAGUUGAAUUCUGCAGAAAAGUUUCGACAGUUCGGCCACGAAAGUCAUAUGGAUUUUUUAGCGUUUCCUGCCGGCAUUCUGCAACCACCAUUCUUCAGCGGGGACAACCUGAAGGCGAUCAACUACGGCGCGAUGGGCGCGGUCAUUGGUCAUGAAAUAACGCAUGGCUUUGAUGACCAAGGCAGCCAAUACGACAAGGACGGCAACUUAAAGGACUGGUGGACGGCUGAAGCGUUGGAGCGUUUCCGCGAACGUACCAAAUGCAUUAUCGAACAGUAUAACAACUACACUGUUCCGGAAAUUGGCAUCAACGUGAACGGUCGACUGACGCAGGGCGAGAACAUAGCGGACAACGCCGGAGCCUACCGCAAAUACAUCUCUGAUCGAGGCUCAGAGGAACCACGACUACCGGGACUAUCGCACAUAACGAAUGACCAGAUCUUUUUCCUGAGCUACGCCAAUUUCUGGUGUGGAAGCAAGAAACCGGCCGCUGCCCUGCAGCAGGUGCUGACCGAUCCGCACAGCCCGGAAAUAUUCAGGGUCAUCGGCGUCAUGUCGAAUCUGGACGAAUUCGCGAUCGCGUUCGACUGCAAGCCGGGCACGUUCAUGAACCCUGAUUCGAAGACCCGAAGAAAAUGUUCAGUUUGGUGA